AUGCGUUGGACGUUUUCUGUUUUCACUGGCGCAAUUGCCCUUUCCUUAACUGGAAGCUCUCCAGCACCCCCGGAGCCAGAACAAAUUGAGGUGGUUGAAUUGCCUCUACCACCAGUCGCCCCAAGCAACGAAAUCGGCGCAUGUACAAUCUCAAUCAAUCCACAACGCACUGGCUGCAUUUGCAAAGCCUCAAGUUUUUUCCAAGCUGGCGACUUUUCUCCAGAUGGAAACCAUAUUGCGUUGACUGUGGAAUUUGUCGGUGCUCCAUCAGCACCAGAUCCUGCCAGCAUAUACACCGGCGAGCAGCUGAUUCUUGUGAAGACAGACGGCACAAACUUCACGACUGGGACCCCUGGAAAUGCUUAA